AUGCGUCAAAUCUUCAUCGCCACUCUCGUUUUAUCUUUGUCAUUGGCAGUUUUCGGUCAAGUAGAUCGAAAAUGUCUCGAUUGUAUUUGUAAAAUUGAAUCCGGUUGUCGUCCACUUGGUUGUGCAUGGGAUGUCAAUUCCAAUUCCUGUGGUUAUUAUCAACUAAAACAAGUCUAUUGGAUUGAUUGUUAUUCCCCAGGUGGUUCGCUUGAAGCUUGUUCAAAAGAUAAAGCUUGUUCGGAAAAAUGUGUUCAAGCCUAUAUGGCACGAUAUGGCACAAGAUGUACCGGAGGACGAGCACCGACUUGCCAAGAUUAUGCAAGAAUUCAUAAUGGUGGUCCGAAUGGAUGCAAAAUUACUGCAACGCAAGGCUAUUGGAAUAAAAUUGCUGCUUGUUACAACUCGGGUUAA